AUCUACGCCCCGUUUUAACCACACAACGAGGACGAGCACUGACUGUAAAGCGAGUGACUGUAUAGCGAUGAGCUUUAUAAUAUCGGAAGUUUUCGGACAUGGAUCAUUUAACUUCUCCUGCUUCUUCAUGAAAGUUAAUUCUCGCGGAUAUGAACGGGAACGGGUAUUUGAGCGACACCCGUUUGAAACAAGAUUGUUUUUAAGUUUGAAAUCGUUUACCGGGCUGUUUUGAUUUUGACAUUCAGUACUGACAGCUGUUAGUCUUGCGAAGCGACUUUCAAAUGAAUCAAUUGUCGACGAAUGCGUAGACGUUUUGGAUUUAUAUUUAAAGACUAAAUCACAAUGGAUUUAUUUUAAUUUCAUUUGAAAUCCUUUUUUUUCAGGACAUUACAAAGGUUUUCUAUACAAAUGAAGAUGCACGUAAAUAAUCGAGGGACCAUGACUUUUUCUUCAUUUAAAUACAACUUGGGUAAACAAACAUUAAUAAUAAUUUCUGCUACGGCAGUACCAUAAAAUAGCGCAUGCAUGGCAGUGGAUGUUUUUAUUUUUCCUAACAUUGUCACAAUGGUCAAUUGCAUAAAGAUUGUGAUUUUACUUUUCCUAUUUGCGAUUGCUGGAAAUACAUUAGAGAUUGGAGGAUAUGACAUUGAGCAUGGCCGUCCAGCAAAAUGUGAACCCAUCACCAUUCCCAUGUGCCAGGGAAUCGGCUACAACAUGACACGAAUGCCCAAUUUUUUGAAAUAUGAAAGUCAAGAGGAGGCAGGUAUUAAAUUGAAUGAGUUUGCUUCAUUGGUGGCAUAUGGAUGUGAUGUACACCUGCGAUUUUUCCUAUGCUCUCUGUAUGUGCCAAUGUGUGCUGAUCAGGUGUCCGCCACUAUCCCGGCAUGCCGCCCUAUGUGUGAGCAGGCAAGGCAGAGGUGUUCACCUAUUAUGAAACAAUUCAGUUUUGGCUGGCCAGACUCAUUGGAUUGCUCAAAGCUUCCAACUAACAAUGACCCUAAUGCACUGUGCAUCGAAGCUCCUGAAAAUGACACUCAGCCCGAAACUAAGAAAGGUGAGGGUAUGCUGCCAGUGCCACCGCGCUCCAAACAACCUACAGCUGGGAGUGGACAUUCCUCGAGCAGCUCAAGGUCUUGUGAUAACUCUGAGAAAUUUCAGUAUGUGGAGAAAAGUGAGUCCUGUGCACCUCGAUGCUCAUCUACAGUAGAUGUCUACUGGUCGAGACAGGAUAAAGACUUUGCCUUCAUCUGGAUGGUGGUGUGGUCAACACUUUGCUUCAUUUCUACUGCUUUCACAGUUCUGACCUUUCUCCUCGAUCCCCAACGCUUUCAGUAUCCCGAGCGCCCUAUUAUAUUCCUGUCCAUGUGUUACAAUGUCUACUCUGUGGCCUUCAUCAUUCGCUCGGUGUCUGGGGCUGAGAAUAUUGCGUGUGAUCGUGAAAAUGGAGAGCUGUACAUCAUUCAGGAGGGUUUGGAGAGCACAGGCUGUACAAUAGUCUUUCUCAUCCUCUACUACUUUGGCAUGGCCAGCUCGAUAUGGUGGGUCAUCCUCACGCUUACCUGGUUUCUUGCUGCAGGAAGAAAAUGGGGUCAUGAGGCUAUUGAGGCACACAGCAGCUACUUUCACAUGGCUGCCUGGGGUAUACCUGCAGUGAAGACCAUAGUCAUCCUCACUAUGAGGAAGGUGGCUGGAGAUGAGUUGACAGGACUCUGUUAUGUGGGUAGCAUGGACACUAAUGCUCUCACUGGUUUCGUACUGAUUCCCCUGUCUUGUUAUCUCAUUGUUGGGACCUCUUUUAUUCUUACCGGUUUUGUGGCACUUUUCCAUAUCCGCAAAAUUAUGAAAACUGGCGGCACCAAUACAGAAAAGCUAGAGAAGCUCAUGGUGAAGAUUGGAGUCUUCUCGAUACUCUACACAGUGCCUGCUACAAUUGUCAUCAUAUGCUAUUUCUAUGAAAGACUGAAUAUGGAAUACUGGAAGUUCCAAGCCUUGGAAAGCAAGUGCACUUCCUUUCCCGGUCGCAGGAGUGAGGACUGCUCACUGGACUCCUCUGUGCCCACAGUAGCUGUGUUCAUGCUGAAAAUUUUUAUGUCAUUGGUAGUGGGUAUAACCAGUGGAGUUUGGGUAUGGAGCUCAAAAACACUUCAGACUUGGCAGGGACUGUGUAAUAGGAGGAUGGCCACGCGGUCGAACCGCAAGCCCUGCUCUAGUGUCAGCUGCAGUGGCUCCCACUGCCAUUACAAAGCGCCGGCUGUGACGCUUCACAUGAACAAAACAGAUGUGUACACAGACAACCCCACACAUGUUUGAGACUACAUGGUUUGGAGCCACUUCCAUGCACAGACCUAAAAGCACUAUAUCAUAAUAAGAUGUUUGGGCAUUUAUAAAUCUUUCCCCACAUUAAAUGCACUUCUGAGGUAAAUAAAGGGAAGGUUGCUGAACCAGAAAACAUGUAUUGGUGUGUUUGGCUACAAGGCUGAACAGUUUAUUUAUUAUAAGUAUUUAAGUAAUGCUGGUUGGAUAGAUUACUGCUGUAUGUAAUAUACUGUAUAUAAGGACAAAUGUGACAAGAUAAUUUAAAAUAAUUUGACAGUAUAUUUGACUCAAGUAAGGAGCAAUAAAACAUUUAUUACAGUG